AUGGCGAGCCGCGAUACCCUUCAGUCUGACAAUUCAUCUCUCUCGUGCUCACCAGUCAGUGCGGCGCUUCUCCGCGACUAUGCCCUUCACAUAGGACCCUCCCAAACCCACACCGAGAUCCCCGACACCCCUCACGGCACAGUCUCGCCCAAGUCUGAGAUCCAAGAAGAGGGCUUGUCGCUGCCUCUGACGCUACGGCCCCUCACGAAGUCCAUUUCUCGGCCUCGGUCCCAGAAAGCGCUGUCGACUGACUGCAUCCCGCGACAAACCAUUCUGAAAGCCCUAGCCUCGCGAUCCUCGAUCAUCACCAAUAAUCCGAACACGAUGUCGGCGAGUUCCUGGACGAACUUGUUGAACAAAUCCACCCAGGCUUCCCCGCCUUCCGAUGACCGGCAGCGCCGCGGCAGCAAUGCCUCCCAAAAUCUUUCCACAGCCCUUUCCAACCUGCAAUUAAACGGAUACCUCGAUAGAUCGCCGGCAACUGCACGACUAGUAUUGCAGUCGCCAUGCUAUUUCCACCAGCGUUUCGACGACGCUGUCAAUAUAAAGAAGGUGCUUGAGGAAAUCGCCGAUGACGAGUGGCUGUCCCACUCACGGCUAGUUCAGACGGCAACUGGUGUGCGUGAGGUGUCCAAGCAGCUCCAGCGCCGUCCGAUCAAACGCGCUGUGCGAAAUGUCAUGAUUGUCACCAAGGCUCGGGAUAACAGCCUGGUACACUUGACUCGGGAAGUUGCCGAGUGGCUGCUUUCAACGCCAAGAUAUGGGAACAAACAGGGUGUCAAUGUCUAUGUGGACGCGAAACUGCGGAAUUCCAAGCGCUUUGAUACACCGGGUCUUUUGCAAAAAGAUCCCAUGUUUGCGCAGAUGCUGUAUUUCUGGACACCAGACCUCUGCUGGACAUCACCGGAUAAAUUUGACCUAGUCUUGACACUAGGGGGUGACGGCACCGUUCUCUUCACUUCAUGGCUGUUCCAGCGUGUUGUGCCACCUGUGCUCUGCUUUUCAUUGGGCAGCCUCGGCUUCCUCACAAACUUCGAGUUCUCAAAUUACAAAUCACAACUAAAUGGUGUCAUGGGUGAUGUUGGCAUGCGAGUCAAUCUGCGCAUGCGAUUCACAUGUACCGUUUACCGGAAAGACCGGAGUAAAGGCGCAGAGGCAGGUGCGGUCGAGGAAGGCGAACAGUUCGAAGUUCUGAACGAACUGGUCAUCGACCGCGGCCCGUCUCCCUACGUCUCCAAUCUAGAGCUUUAUGCCGACGACGAACUUCUCACUGUUGUCCAAGCAGACGGCUGUAUCUUUUCCACUCCAACCGGCUCAACAGCAUACUCCCUCUCAGCUGGCGGCUCUCUCAUGCACCCUUCCAUCCCCGGUAUCCUCCUCACGCCCAUCUGUCCUCAUACCCUCUCCUUCCGCCCAAUGGUCCUCUCAGACUCCCACCUCCUCCGCAUCGCAGUCCCCAACACAUCCCGCUCAACCGCAUACUGCUCCUUCGACGGCAAGGGUCGCGUCGAACUCCGCCAAGGCGACUAUGUCACCGUCGAAGCAAGCCAGUACCCCUUCCCAACAGUAGUCUCCAACAACAACGAGUGGUUUACAAGCGUCCAACGCGCUCUUCGUUGGAAUACCCGUGGCGCAAUCCAAAAAGGCUGGGAUGGCGGCGACGGCGCCGACCUGAGUCCUGACCCCAACGAAGACGAGCAAUGGGACAUCGAUACCGACACCGGCGUCGGCGGUACAGAUAGCGGCAUCGGUCCCAGUGAAGACGGAGACGCAAUGUCCCCCAACCCCAUGCGUCGACAAAUGAGCUUACUCAAUAUGUGA